AUGCCGCCACCAGGCACCGACCCAAAAACAGGCCACUUCGAGGGCGGCGGAAGAGUCAUCUUUGGCUUUCUGGACGACAUCAGCUAUUAUCGAAUGAAAGAACUGCCCUUGUUCGAGAAACGCAGAUUUAACUUGCUGCCAAGAGUCCCCUGGUAUGCUGAGCUCACUCUCAAGGUCAAGGACGUGGCUGUUCUUUUGAAGAGCGGCCUUUUUUGGACAGAGGCCAACAUCGAUCCGACAAAGAACUUCUUUGACGACAGAAAAGCUGCGUCACACCUCGGCAGCGAAUGGCUCGAUCCCGUAAAUAGCUAUGGUCGCUUUUACGAGCUAAGGGAUACUGAGCCAGCGCAAUGGCAUGGCACCCUGAUGGUGCGUGCCCAUGCGAUAAGCACACUGCAUCAGUUCAGGCCAAGCCAGCUCUCCCUUACGAAUGUUCGAUACGUGACCGCGAAGAACCCCCAUGGACAGACCGUGUAUCACUUCAAUAGCGCCGACAGCGACCGAUGCUUCAACGCUAUUCUCGACGAGACCCCUUUGAAGGGAUGGUGGCCUUGGCCCAAGAAGGAGGACACGGAUGAUCAUUCAACGCAGGGUGUCAUGGAUAAUGAUUCAACGGAGGAGGACCUGAAUGACAAGUUGAAGCACGAGGACACGGAUGAUAAUUUAACGCAGGAAGACCUGGAUGCAAAGUUGAAGCAGGAGGAUACGGAUGAUGAUUCAAUGCUGAAGGACACGAUUGAUAAUUCAAUGCUGGAGGACAGGGAUGAUUCGGACAGGGAUGAUGAUUCAAUGCUGAAGUACACGGCUGAUAAAUCAAUGCUGGAGGACACGGAUGAUUCGGACACGGAUGAUGAUUCCAUGCUGGAGGAUACGGAUGAUGAUUCGUCCGAUCAGUAG